AAGGGGGAUAACUCUAUAAUACCGUCUAACAUCCUACUUUUUGUUUUGAGGUUCAGCUUCAAGAUUCCGCGGUACUUUCAUUCGUGACAUUUUGCUAGAUGGAAGGAUGUACAGAUUCCCUCUACGCAUACUAAGGGCCCCACAUCUAUUGGAGUCAGUCUGUAGUUUAUCACACAGAAUUCAAGCUUCUUCAGUGAUGGCUCACCAGAGAUCGAAGACGACAAAAGCAGUCAUAUUUGACUUAGGUGGAGUUGUUGUGCCAUCACCAUUGGCAGCAUUUAUAGAGUAUGAGAAGAAGUUGGAUCUCCCUAAAGGCAGUAUCUCACGGACUGUGGUAGAGAGUGGAGACAAUGGGGCGUGGAAUCAGCUGGAGCGUGGAGAGAUCACUCUUUUAGAGUUUGCCGAAAAAUUCAGCAAUGAAGUUUCUAAAAGGGCAGGGAAAAAAGCAGAUAUGUCAGGGCUGCUGAAGUUUGUGGGACAAAAUCUGGCAAUACCAAACCAGUCCAUCAUAGAUGCAAUAAAAUGUCUGAGGAUUGAGGGCAUGAAAACGGCCUUAUUAACCAAUAACUGGAAGUGGGAGGAUCGAGAAUCAGACUGGAAUAUGCCUAGAGAAUUGUUUGAUGUAGUUGUUGAGUCCACUAAAGUGGGUUCCAGGAAACCGGAGCGAAGGAUCUAUGAAAUCUGUCUACAGCAGUUGGAUGUCAAACCAGAGGAGUCUGUGUUUUUAGAUGAUCUGGGUGUAAAUCUAAAGGCAGCCAAACAAUUAGGGAUCAGAACCAUUAAGGUAUCAGAUCCAGACAAGGCUGUCCUUGACCUUGAACAGGAAGUUGGUGGGCUCUGUCUGCGGAGGUUUGUUGAUGAUACCACCACUGUACCGGAACAUCUGAGGAUUCCUCUUGACAGACUGGAGACUUACUUCAACCAACAGCUCAAUCUGCACUCCUCUGAACCUCCUGUCAUCCGAUGUUUCCAACAUGGCCAGUCCAAUCCGACAUACUAUGUAUACUAUGCAGACAAACACCUUGUUCUUCGUAAGAAACCACCUGGGAAACUCCUUCCCUCAGCUCAUGCGGUGGAGCGAGAGUACCACGUGAUGAAAGCUGUGGGACAGUGUGGCGUUCCCAUUCCUAGGAUGUAUGGGCUCUGUGAGGACAGUAGUGUGAUUGGUACCCCAUUCUAUGUGAUGGAGUAUUGUAAGGGGCGGAUCUUUAAAGCAGUGGAGUUACCUGGAAUGACGAAGCAGGAGAGACGAGACAUUUACAUGGCCAUGGCCGAUACACUCUGUAAGAUUCAUAAAGUGGACAUAUCAAAGGCAGGACUGGAUGAUUAUGGCAAAAAAGGGGGAUAUCUGAAGCGCAACCUCAACCGCUGGACCAAGCAGUACGAGGCCAGUAAGACAGAGGAAAUAGAGGCCAUGAACAAAUUGAUAGAUUGGCUUAACAAACACAUCCCAGAGAAAGAGGCUGUUACAAUCGCUCAUGGAGAUUUCAGACUUGACAACCUUAUUUUUCACCCAACGAAGCCUGAGGUGAUUGGAGUACUUGACUGGGAACUUUCUACAAUAGGAGAUCCUAUAACAGACCUGGCAACAUCCCUCAUGAAUUUCUACAUGCCACCCAAUUUUAUCAUGAUCAAAUCUUUUAAGAACUUUGAUGUGCCUUCACUUGGAAUCCCCAGUGUUGAGGAAUUCCAUGCUAUUUACUGUCAGAAGAUGGGGAUACCUUCUGUUCCUUCCUGGGACUUUUACAUUGCCUUUGGACUCUUCAGGUUUGCAGCUAUUCUACAGGGUGUCUACAAACGAGCUAUCUCAGGACAAGGUAGCUCUCCCAAUUCCAAGUUGGUCGGAGAAUUUGCCAAGCUGAUGGCUGAGGAGGGUUGGAAGAUUGCCUCUAACAGUAAGCUGCCACCCACACUGUCUGCUACUGGUGGGGGGAUGCAGCCGCAAAACGCUGGGGGAAAGAGAAACUACAGCACUGGCCCUGGGGAAACCACCAGUAAUAUGGCUGUAUCCCCCGAUGGAUUGUCUCCAAGGGCUAAGAACAUCUACGAUCGGGUCAAGGACUUCAUAGAGAAAGAGGUCAAACCCACCGAGAAGCAGGUGAUAGAUUUCUAUAAGGAGGAGCAGAAUCGUUGGAAAGUCUGCCCAAUCAUCACAGAGCUCAAGGCAAAAGCCAAAGCAGCUGAUUUGUGGAACUUGUUUCUUCCCAAAGAAUCAGACCCGGGAAUGAAGUACGGUGCUGGCCUCAGUAAUCUGGAGUAUGCAUUUAUGUGCGAGGAGAUGGGCAAAUCUCCAAUUGCACCAGAGGUGUUUAACUGUCAGGCCCCAGAUACAGGUAACAUGGAGGUGAUAGUCAGGUACGGAACAGAGGAACAGAAGCGACAGUGGUUAACUCCCUUGCUGAAUGGAGAAAUGAAGUCUUGCUUUGGGAUGACCGAGCCAAAGGUAGCCUCAUCUGAUGCCACAAACAUUGAAGCCUCCAUAAUCAGGGAGGGGGACCAUUACGUUAUCAAUGGACACAAAUGGUGGACUUCAGGUGCUUUACACCCGGACUGCAAAGUCUGUGUGUUCAUGGGGAAGACAGACAAGUCAGCCUCCACCCACAAACAACAGAGUAUGAUCCUGGUCCCCAUGGAUGCCCCGGGGGUCAAGAUUGUCCGACCCCUCACUGUGUUUGGUUAUCUAGACUACCCAGCUGGACAUGCAGAGGUGCUGUUUGAGAAUGUGAAGGUUCCCCUUGGCAACAUGUUGCUUGGAGAGGGGCGUGGGUUUGAGAUUGCUCAAGGUCGCCUGGGUCCAGGCAGGAUUCAUCACUGCAUGAGACUGAUCGGCAAUUCUGAGCGAGCUCUAGAGAUGAUGCUGGAACGAACACAGAACAGGGUUGCGUUUGGUAAGCCUUUAGCAGCACAGGGAACCAUACAACAGGAUGUGGCUAAGUCCAGGAUAGAGAUAGAACAGACUCGUCUAUUGGUGCUUAAAGCUGCUCACAUGAUGGAUAACUAUGGCAACAAGGUCGCAGCUCCAGAAAUAGCCAUGAUCAAAGUAGCAGGUCCAAAUAUGGCACAGCGGGUCAUUGAUCGUGCAAUUCAGGUCCAUGGUGGCGGCGGUGUAUCCUCCGACUUCUGUUUAGCUCAUUUGUACGCUAAGGCGAGGGUGUUACGCUUGGCCGACGGACCGGAUGAAGUUCAUCUUGGGCAAAUUGCCAAGUUUGAGUACAGAAAGGCCAAAUUAUAAUGAAUACAAACUCAAACUGUUGAACAAUGACGUGUCUGUGAUUUUUAUACACUGUGAUCAAUAAGGAUGGUUAUAUCAUGCAAUGAACUCUGAAAUUAACCAUGUACAUGAAUAUUAACCAUGUACAUGAAUAUUAACCAUGUACAUGAAUGACGGCAUUUUUAUACAAAUACAAAUGUAUAUUGAUUUUUGCUUUAUAUUAAUUGUUUUAUAAAAAAUAAAAUUUUGUAUACUGAU